GGAAGGCUCUCAGAAGAAGGCUUUGACAUGGGUAUUUGAGGUGUUAUGCAGGACGGCUGGUUUUAUUGUAGAGGACGCUACUGGAAAUCUAUAUAGAAAAGUCGGUCUGUGGGUGUCAUUUCAAUAAUGUCGAAAAGUCAUCAGGUGGGCGAGGACUCGGACAUCGAGACACUGCUUGCGACCCUUUCACCCGAGGAGGUAGAAGAGCUCGAGAGGGAGCUCGUUGUCAUCGAUCCUGAUCCAAACAUCCCAGUCGGGCUCAGACAGCGGAACCAGACGGAGAAAGUGCCGACUCGCGGUUAUAACCGUGAAGCCAUGCUGGACUACUGUGAACGGGAGACGAAGAAACUCAUUGAGAGGGAAUUGUCAUUUGAGGGAGAGUUGAAAGGUGAAGGACGUAGACGCGACCGCCUCAAGAGGAUGAGGAGCAGGGAACAGCAAAGCUUCUCCAGGUCUCGAAGCCAUGAGGAAUCUGACAAGGAUGAGCCAAGGGAUGGAAAAGAACAGGGAAAAGAGGAAAAAUCUGAGGAUGAAUUUAAAAAGGCCUCUGAUGGAAAAACGGAAUGCAGUGAAAAGGAGAGAGGGAAAGAAAAGUUAGGACAGGGAAAGCUGAAAAGAGAGACAGAAAAGGAAAAACAAAAGGAGACGCCUAGGAGAGAACAAGAUAGUGGCAGGUCUUUGGAGGUUAUCUCUAAGCUACAAGAAAAAAAAGAAGAUAACUUAAAGAAGGCGAGAAACGAAGGACACGAUAGGGGAGAAAACUCAAGAACGAAGGCAUUAAUAUCCAAGCUACAGAGUAAAACUGAGGUAGAUGAUAGCAAAAAGAAAGAAGAGAGCGAAUUAAUGAAAAGUAGAGAUAGAAGAACAAAAGAUCUGGUGUCCAAGCUAGAGGAUCAUAUGAGUCCAACUGAGCUCUGCAGAAUGGGUGAACGAAGGAGCAGACAAAGAGCCCCAGGGGAUGGUGGGGUCAUGGAGGAGAAAGAAAGGGAACAGGAGAACAUUAGUGAGAAAAGCAGACCCUACUCCCAGAAAGGUACCACUGGAACAGAGAAAGAAAAGGAGAAGCCAAGCAAGUGGGAGAAUUGGAAGAUGAGAGAGAAAGAGCAGGAGAGAGCAAAAGAGAGAGAGAAAGAGAGGGGAGAAGAUGAAGAGAAGAUGUUAACGAUAAAAGGUGAAACUCAAAAAAUCACUACUGAGCAGUGUGCGAGUGGGGAUGACCAGUCUGUCAAAUCCAAAGAUGAUGAUGAGGAAGGUAAUGAAGAUGAUUACAUGGACAGUGAUACUGGUUCUAGCAUGUUUGAUGAACUCUUGGAGCAGGUGCGUAAUGAUGACCCCGAAGUCACUGAGCUCAACAUCAACAACUCAGAUGUUAUUAAGACAGACACCCUUAUCCAUUUGCUGAGGCUACGUGACAACACUCAUGUUAAAACGGUUGCUCUUGCUAACACGAGAGCAGACGACCAUGUAGCCUUGCCCUUGCCCGGGACCUUACGGAACAACACCACAUUGACAGGAAUUAAUUUGGAUUCCAACCAUCUCACCGGUAAAGGCAUCCUGGCUGUCAUUGAGUCUCUGAAGCAUAAUGCUACUCUCACAGAGCUUCGCUUUCACAAUCAGAGACACAUUUGUGGCGGGAAGACUGAGAUGGAGAUGACUAAGGUUCUACGGGACAAUGUUUCCUUACUCAAGCUGGGGUAUCACUUUGAGCUAGCUGGGCCAAGGAUGGCUAUGACCAAACAUCCUGACCGUAAUAUGGACCGCCAACGCCAGAAACGAUUAGAAGCACGACUUGCCAAACAGGCAACUCAGACUAGCCCAACGCCACCUAGUGGAGAGAAGAAGAAAGCAGUCUUACCUGAAAUGCAUAAACGUAAAGGAAUACUGCAGUCCCACCAUGUUGAGAAGAAAGAAUCUAUAACAGCCAGAGUUUCCAAAUUUAACAACCCUUCCCCACCCUCCAAAGCUACUCCUCCCAAGUCCUCACUUGGUCCCCUAAACUCCAAAGCACCAGGUAAAAAAACGGAGUUACAAACAGAGUCAUGUCUAGGAGCCCCAGCUCCACCUCCUCCCCCUGUCCCUGUUUUGGAUGUUCAGGCACUGCGAUGGUCAUUGACCCCUGUUUCCCAACGCCAACAAGACAGAGUGUCAGGCCAUGGGACAGAGAGGAGCUCCAGAGAUCAGCUGCUAGACUCUAUCAGGAACUGCAACAUGAACACACUCAAAAAGGUUGAUGUUCCCAAGCGUCUGAGGUAGCAGCUGGCAAGAAAACCAGAAGAGAGCUGGGACUGGUUUAACAAACAUUUUGUGGAGUCAGUUAUGCAUUUCUGAGUACAACACCAUUUACAGCAAUGUCACAGGGCUCAGGUACAUCAAAAGGAUACUCAGGCAAUGUUGUAUACUAAAAUAAACAGCCUAAAUACUCUUGACAGAGAAAUCUCUGCACUUAAAAAAAUAAAAUUUGUGUUAAAUGCCUAGUCACGGUCACUAAGAGCCUUAUGAAAGGACUAGAAAGUUUUGGAAAUUGUAAUUUGUUGGAAAUUGUUUUAAUUGCAGUAAUAUGUGACAGGUAUUGGAAUAUGUUGCUUGUACAUCAUAUUUUGGUUUUUCCCUAUAUGUAUUUUAUUUGACCUUGAAUUUUGUGGAACUGGAUCAUGAUAUUUGUUGAAUUGUUUGUUUUGAAGAUAAUGUAGGUUGAGUGAAAAGGGUAAGAAAAUGAAUUAUGGAACAACCAAUAUGAGACUGAAUUCAUACCACUGACAGCAAACAGAAAUUGAGGUAACAAACACUUUAAUGGUCAUUGCUACUGUUUGCUAGAUAUUUUUUGGUGGCAGACCUCUCUCAACACAACAGUUAUACCUAUUACCAUGCCACUACUAAAACAAUGUCAAUGCUGUGCUGAAAAAAGUGUCCUUCACCUAAAUAAUGUCUGGUAGGCUGUGGCAGUGCACUUAGAAACUGACCAGUAGUGAAUAAGUGGUGGCUGAAAAAUAUAUCCUGUAAAUGUGCACCAAUAAAAUGCCCCUUUAAGACAGACAUGUCUAGUUAUGUGGCCAUUGAGUGUAGGGCAAGAUGCUUCUUAUAAGGUAUUGAGUGUAAAGUGGCAUCAAUGCAUUCAGACCACAUGCAGACAUGCUGUAGAAUCCCCAAAGUCCCAGUGUCUUCUCUUCAUCCUGUACCAAAAAUUGAAUGCUGUAUACAUUAUUAUUAUUAAUA